CCCGCGCCGAGUCCCCCAAGGGUGGGCUCCGCGCGGGGCGGGAAGCUCCGGCCUUGCUCAACGGGCCCGAAAGAGGAAGCGCAGAGGGGCUGAAGUAAACGCUUGGGAAGGCCGUUGCAAAAGAGGGUGCGGUGUGAAGGAGGAGAGAUAAGGGAAAUGAGGCACAGAGCCGAUGAGUUGGGAAGAGCAGCCCCCGGGAGUUAGGAGCCUUCAUCCACGCGUCCUCCCGCGGCUGUGCCUCCAGCCGGGCGGCUCCGUUGCACCUCGAUGCAAAGCGGCGCGGAGGGCGCCACACGUCUGCGCGCUGCGUGGGAAGGGCAGGGCUGACACCACUUCCUCCCCGAGGCGGCGGACCUGAACCCGGGUGGAGCCCAGUGGAGCCCCCCGCGCCUUCCCUGCCGCUGCCCCGCGCCCGGCCCCGAGCCCCGCCCGCGCCCGCGGUCGCGUCCGCGCAGAGUCCCAGCCGAGAUCCCGCGGAGCCGUCAAGAUGGGUGAGUCAAACGAAGAUAUAGACCAGAUGUUCAGCAAUUUGCUGGGAGAGAUGGAUCUUCUAACCCAGAGCUUAGGAGUGGACACUCUUCCUCCUCCUGACCCCAAACCGCCCAGGGCUGAAUUUAACUACAGUGUGGGUUUUAAAGAUUUAAAUGAGUCCUUAAAUGCACUGGAAGACCAAGACUUAGAUGCUCUCAUGGCGGAUCUGGUGGCAGAUAUAAGCGAGGCUGAGCAGAGGACAAUCCAGGCACAGAAAGAGUCAUCUCAGAAUCAGCGUCCUCCCGCAUCCCUGGAGAUGCCAGACUUCAGCGGUGCAGGGGCUCUUGGUUACGGAGCAAAUGUCACUGCAGUUAGUGUCAGCCACUAUGAGAAUGACUUACCUCCCCCACCAGCUGACCCCAUGGUAGACCUUCCUCCGCCACCACCACCGCCAAAACCUCUCUCUCAGGAGGAAGAAGCAGCCCAGGCCAAGGCUGAUAAAAUUAAGCUAGCAUUGGAAAAACUGAAGGAGGCCAAGGUGAAGAAGCUUGUUGUCAAGGUGCACAUGAAUGAUAACAGCACCAAGUCACUGAUGGUGGACGAGCGGCAACUGACCCGAGAUGUUCUAGACAACCUUUUUGAGAAAACCCAUUGUGACUGCAACGUAGACUGGUGUCUUUACGAAAUCUACACAGAGCUGCAGAUCGAAAGGAUUUUUGAAGACCAUGAAAAUGUUGUUGAAGUCUUAUCAGACUGGACAAGAGACACAGAAAAUAAAGUGCUGUUUUUGGAGAAAGAGGAAAAAUAUGCUGUGUUUAAAAACCCCCAGAAUUUUUACCUGGAUAACAAAGGAAAAAAAGAUGGAAAAAAAGAUGGAAAGGAAACAAACGAGAAAAUGAAUGCUAAGAACAAGGAAUCCUUACUUGAGGAAAGCUUCUGUGGGUCAUCCAUUAUUGUGCCCGAACUUGAAGGAGCUCUCUACUUGAAAGAAGAUGGAAAGAAAUCCUGGAAAAGACGCUAUUUUCUUUUACGGGCUUCUGGAAUUUAUUAUGUACCCAAAGGAAAGACUAAGACAUCUCGAGAUCUGGCUUGUUUUAUACAGUUCAAAAAUGUCAACAUUUACUAUGGGAUUCAGUGUAAAAUGAGAUACAAAGCACCCACUGACUACUGCUUUGUUUUAAAGCAUCCCCAGAUUCAGAAGGAGUCCCAGUACAUCAAAUACCUCUGCUGUGACGACGCAAGGACCCUAAACCAGUGGGUCAUGGGAAUAAGGAUUGCCAAGUAUGGCAAGACUCUCUUUGAUAACUAUCAGCGGGCUGUGGAGAGGGCCGGGCUCGCCUCCCGGUGGACAAACCUGGGCCCUGCCAGCGCGGCCCCACCUUCUACAGGGCUUAAAGCAGGCACCACUCAAGCCAAUGGUCAGAUCCCCCAGGCUGUACAUUCUGUAAGUGCUGUUCUCGAAGAAGCCCAGAGGCAUGCAGAAACAGCUAAGGACAAGAAGCCAGCCUUCGGUAACCACGACCCAGGAGCGCCCAGGGCCCACCAGCUGCCCAAGUCCAGCCUGCCACCUCCCCCUCCAGUGCGACGGUCUUCAGACGUCUGCAGCAGCCCGGCGACAGUGCCCAGGGCCAAAGGCCCGAGGGGAGGCUUCCCUGCCCCGCCCGACGACUCUCUGCCACCACCGCCGCCGCCGCCACCCCUGGAGGACGACAAGCUCCCUCCGCCGCCCCCUGAUUUUAACGACGGGCCCCCGGACUUCGUGCCUCCCCCACCGCCGUCGUUUGCAGGGGAUGCGGGCUCUCAGCUACCGCCCCCGCCGCCUCCCCCGCCUGCAUCUGCACCCGAGGCCCCGAAGCCGCCCCCCGUUGGCGUUAAAAGGCCUCCUGCUCCCCCGAAGAGGAAAGAGAACCCGGGACCGCCCGGCGGGGGAGGCAGCGGAGAGCAAGAUUUCAUGUCCGAUCUAAUGAAAGCUUUGCAAAAGAAAAGAGGCAACAUGUCCUAAGGAAAACGGAUAAAUAUCUUCUUGUGAUGGGCAUAAUCUUUUCUAACCUCAAGUGCAUUUUUACUACUCUGUUUUUGUGACAUCUUGUUCAUUUUCGGUAAAAUAUCGACACAUUCAGUCGAGAAAUGAUGUAAAAUGUCACUGUAGCUCAAAUACAUUCAUAACCAUUAACCUAACACAGAAGUUAAAGAAUCUGCCCAAAUGUACAUAUCUUCACUGUUUCCGCUUCUGUGAAUUCAUUUUCCCUUCCAAGUUAACUAAAAAAUGUUUUUAUGUUCAUUCAUUUUAAUAUGUUCAGAAGCAUCAAAUUAAUAAAGUUUAUUUUUUUCUUGAAAA